GAGACGGGACGGGGCACGGCGGGCGCUGGGAGGACCGGGACAGGCGGAGCGGAGGAGGAGCCUGGGGAAACGCCGCCGGGGCAGCCACGGCGCCCGGGGCCGGCUGCCCCAGGGAGGCAGAGCGGAGCGGCGGGGCAGGCGGGGAGCGGGGCGCCGGGAGAGGCGAGAGCCCGUGCUCCGCAGCGGCAGCGCAACCCCCCCGGCUGCACCGCCCCGGCUCCGUUUCACGCCCCUCCCGGCGGCGGGGGCCGGGGCUGAGCCGCCCCCCUAGACGGCAGCACCAUGUGAGCGGGACCUGCGCCGCCGCCUCAGCGGGCACGUCCAGGAUGUGAAGGGCCGCCCGGCUGCCCCCCGCGCCGGAGCCUCGCCGGCGUCCAGCCCCGCCGCGGGACAGCAUGACCGAGGUGAAGGCCAAGGAGCCCCGAGCGCCUCCGCCCGCCAGAGACGGGGCGGUCCUCCUGCAGGGCCAGCCCGGCCGAGACCCCUUCCGCAGGGAAGCGGAGACCAUCGACAUCGCCCUGGACGGGCUGCUCUGCCCCAAGAGCAGCGACGAGGAGGACGAGGAGGAGGAAGAGCUGCAGCAGCAGCAGCCGGGGGAGGAGGAGCCCCGCGACUCCCUCUCCUACCGGCCGGGGAGCGGCUCCCUCUCGGACAAGGACUCCCUGGACACCGUCCUGGACACCUUCCUGGCCCCCGCGGCUCAUGCCAGGUCCGCCGCGCCCGCGGCGCCCUGGUCCUUCUUCGGGCCGGAGGCCGCAGAGGCGCCCGGCGCCCCGAUGAGCCGCGGCCCCUCGCAGAAGGCGGGCGAAACCGCCAGCCCUUCGCAGCCCCCGCCGCGGCCCGCCCCGCUCUGGCCGGCCGGCGACGCGCUGAGCGCCGCCGACAAACCGCGGCCGGCGGCGGCGGGGGGCUGCGCGGAGGGUCCGGCCGCGGCCCCCAAGGGCGAGGCCCCCGGGCUGGCGGCGCUGCCCGGCGGGGAGCGCGGCGGGGCGCGGGCGGGGGAGCCGGGGCAGGAGUGCCUGCACGUGCCCCUGCUGCCGCUCAACUCUGCCUACCUGGCCUCGCGCACGCGGCAGCUGCUGGACGUGGCCGAGUACGAGGGUGGCGGCGCGGGGCCGCGCGCCUCGCCCCCCGGCCCGGACCUGGCGGGCUACGUGUACCCGCCGGCGGACGCCAAGGAGGGGCACUUCGCCUAUGGCGACUUCCAGCCCGCUCUGAAGAUCAAGGAGGAGGGUCUCGGCCUCGCCGCCACCUACGCGGGCGGCAGGGGGACCGCCGCGGCCGGCUGCGCCGACUACCCGCAGCCCCCGCGGGCCGGGCAGGAGCCCGCGCUGGAGUGCGUCCUCUACAAGGCGGAGCCCGCCCUCCUGCCCGCGGCCUACGGGCCGGCGGCGCCGCCCGACAGCCUGCCCUCCACCUCGGCCGCGCCGCCGGGCCUCUACCCGCCCGUCGGCCUCAACGGGCACCAGCCCCUGGGCUUCCCGGCGGCGGUGCUGAAGGAGGGCUUGCCGCAGCUGUGCCCGCCCUACCUCGGCUACGUUCGGCCAGAUACAGAAACCAGCCAAAGUUCUCAAUACAGUUUUGAAUCGCUACCCCAGAAGAUCUGUCUCAUCUGCGGUGAUGAGGCUUCUGGUUGCCACUAUGGAGUACUUACCUGUGGAAGCUGUAAAGUCUUCUUUAAAAGGGCAAUGGAAGGACAGCACAACUAUUUAUGUGCUGGAAGAAAUGACUGUAUAGUCGAUAAAAUCCGUAGGAAGAACUGUCCGGCAUGUCGCUUAAGGAAGUGCUGCCAAGCCGGUAUGGUCCUGGGAGGUCGAAAAUUAAAAAAGCUUAACAAAAUUAAGGUUGUGAGAACAUUAGAUGUCGCACUCCAGCAGCCCGCAGCCCUUCAAGAUGAAGGCCAGACUCUAACCCAAAGGCUGUCCUUUUCUCCAAAUCAAGAAAUACAGUUUGUUCCCCCAAUGAUCAGUGUUCUACGAGGCAUUGAGCCAGAAGUUGUCUAUGCUGGUUAUGACAAUACAAAGCCCGAAACACCAAGUUCCUUGCUGACCAGUCUAAAUCAUCUUUGUGAGAGGCAACUUCUUUGUGUAGUCAAAUGGUCUAAAUUGCUACCAGGAUUUCGGAAUUUACAUAUUGAUGAUCAGAUAACCCUCAUCCAGUAUUCCUGGAUGAGUCUAAUGGUUUUUGCAAUGGGAUGGAGAUCAUACAAACAUGUCAGUGGUCAGAUGUUAUAUUUUGCACCAGAUCUGAUUUUAAAUGAACAGAGGAUGAAAGAAUCGUCGUUCUAUUCCCUGUGUCUAUCCAUGUGGCAACUCCCACAGGAAUUUGUCAGACUUCAAGUUAGUCAAGAAGAGUUCCUAUGUAUGAAAGCACUGUUACUUCUCAACACAAUUCCUUUGGAAGGUCUAAGAAGUCAAAGCCAAUUUGAUGAGAUGAGAACGAGUUACAUUAGGGAACUGGUGAAGGCAAUUGGUUUGCGCCAGAAAGGAGUUGUGGCCAACUCGCAGCGUUUCUAUCAACUUACAAAACUGAUGGAUUCCAUGCAUGACCUAGUGAAACAGCUCCAUCUCUUCUGUCUGAACACUUUUCUCCAGUCCCGUGCACUGAGUGUUGAAUUCCCUGAGAUGAUGUCAGAGGUGAUUGCUGCUCAGCUACCCAAGAUUCUGGCAGGGAUGGUGAAACCUCUUCUCUUUCACAAAAAGUGAAAUGUCUUUUAUCAUAGAGGUGAUUUCUGGGUCACUUUUUGUUUAUUUUGGUCAAGAUUUUGCAAUGUCAGGACUUCAGUAUAUUUGUCAUACUUACCCUGCCUACUGCUUUAUACUUGUAACAUACACAAGCCAUUUAAGCUUGAUGUACAUAUUGUGAGUUCUUGAUUCCUUAACUGCAAAAAUCACAACAGUCAUAAAAAAUGUUUUGUAAACUUGGCUAGGUUGCUUUUUAGUUAUGCAUAAGAAUGACAAUGUUCAAAGAACAGUUAUACAUUUUUCUUACAUACUACACGUGCUAAAAUUUCUGAUACGACGUGGUGUAAACUUUUAACUUUAGUACAUUGUGUGCAUGGGAACAUGUGGGCAUGUGUUUGGUACAAGAUUUUUGAGGAUUUAAAAUAAACAUUGCCCAUGUUUUUUUCACAGGUAUUUCACUUUUUAUUAACUAAUCUGCUUCACAGAAAUAUCUCUUCAAAGUCAGCUGUCCAGGAUUAAGUAGAUGUCACUGCAAUACCUUCAUGAGUAACUGAAGUGCUAGGCACAAAGUAUACAUUCAUACUCUUGUUUGUGCUCAUAAUGCAUUGAAACUCUUGAGUGCAGCAUACUGUUUUCUGCACCAUUCAGUGCAGCUUUCCUUCAAAAAUCAGAAAGCUUAGGAAAAUUUCAGUGUCUGUUACACCAGAAGUAAUGUGUGUGCAAACCCACUAAGCUUUGGUUUGUAUUAUUUUCCUUAAAAGUUCUGCACUUAUAAAAACUAAAUCACUUAGCUAUGGUCUUAAAUUCAUCAGCUUUAAAAUUCUGUAUUUCAGAAGCUUUAAAUAGAGAUGUUUUCACUGACUACAGCUCUUAAUAAUGUUUUGAAUUCCAGUGCUGAAUACUCAAACAGCCAUUAACUUCAAAUUAUAGUGAGAUUAAAUGCAAGAAGAAAUGGAAAAUAUGACGACAAACAUUUUGAUACACAUCAGGCUCAGUUUAGUACAAUCUCAGAACCGCAUAUUUUAUUUUAAAGGCAUGCCAUUAUAAUUGGGGUAACUGUAAAAGAGGAAUUAGACUAAAUUAGCUUUAUACAUUUGAGAAGAAUGUCAUGUUUUACUAUGAAAAUGAAUAUUUGGCUGAAAAAUUAUAAUGUGGUGUUUGUUCCUUUGAUGUGGAUAUGAAGCAACUCGUGCAUUUAAGGCAGAAAAUUGUUGAUAUAUUCAAACAACAAAGAAAUGGAUAAAGCUCCAGAAAAAUUUGUGAGUCUAUUAAAAUAUGACAAAUUUUGCCAGUCACUGAAAAUGAUACUUAAAUUUUCUAACAAUGUAGGAAAUGGUGAGUCUUACUAGGGUACUUGCUGGCCAUACACUUUUGCUCUUCCCCGUUACAUGUUGGAUACCUCCGUGGUGUGACAGCAUGCUGUUGGGGUAUAGUUUGAUCUAUAUAGACAUAUCCUUGUCAGGUGAACAAGGGCCCAUGAGACCUAAGUUCAGUAUCUCUGACUAAAUCAGGGUGCCCUGGCUAAAAGUGUAAGAGGUGUUACUUGUUCAUAAAAAUUACAUCCUGAUUCUUGAAAAAAAUGUAGACAACUAACUUUAUCAUUUCAUAAAACCAAUGAAGAAGAAGCCACAUUAUGACUGGGGAUAAAGAUGUUUCCGAGAUUCCCAAAAAACAGUACUAAACCCACUAGAGCUGGUACAAAGAUGUGGCCCUGGAUAAAAUGCUGUAAGCAGACUUUUGUGUUAGUUGACUAGGUUUGUCAUUUCUAACUGCCCGGAGACAAGCAAUUUGUUUCAUAUUCAUUACAGUCUGACUUUUAACGUGAUCCUUAAAGCAAUUAUAUUUUAAUAAAUAACACAAAAUUCUUCAUUUCUACA